AUGGCUUACUCUCUGGCCACCUCUUUCGCGGGAGAGUCGUUGCUGUCGGGCUUCAACUGGUUCGACGGCAGCGACCCAACUCACGGCUUCGUGUCCUACCAAAACAGGGCCAACGCCGAGGCAAAGGGGCUCUUCUCUGUCGAUGAGAACACGGGCGUGGUAAGGCUAGGGGUUGAUCACACAAACACAUAUGGUGUAAACGAAGGGCGGCCGAGCAUACGGCUCGAGAGCAAAGAAUCGUUUAAUCAUGGCCUCUUCAUUGCCGACUUUCUUCACAUGCCACCCUCACAAUGCGGCAUGUGGCCAGCAUUCUGGCUGUAUGGCGACGACUGGCCCAAUGGGGGCGAAGUCGAUAUCAUCGAGGGCAUAAACACCGCCCAUCAAAAUUCCAUUGCGGCACACACCAGCAGCGGCUGCACUUUGGCCUCUUCGUCCGAAGAGGUCUUUUCGGGCGAGAGGCAACGAACGGACUGCACCACUGGAAGCGAGAAUAUCGGCUGCGGGUUCGGCUCGCCCGCCAACGCCACGUCGGCUUACGGUGAUGGGUUCAACGCCAUCAACGGAGGCGUGUACGUUGUGGACUGGAACCACAAGCAUAUCAAGGUCUGGCACUUUGAGCGCGACAAGAUCCCCAAGGAUAUCGAGGCCAAGAAGCCAGACCCCACCCAGUGGGCGGCUCCGGUUGCCAUCUUUGGGGGUUCUAGCUGUGAUGUUGACUCCUUCUUCAAGAACAUGAGGCUAGUCAUCAACACGAACUUCUGUGGCGAUUGGGGCGAUGCCGUCUGGGGCCGGACGGAUCAGUGCAAUGCAUUCGCGUCCACAUGCUCCGACUAUGUCGCCAAGUCCCCGGAGGCCUUUGCAAAUGCGUACUGGGACGUCCGAUAUAUCGACACGUAUCAGUUUUCGAACGAUACCACGCGUGUCAAGCCGACAAUCAGUGCAACAAACACGACGCUUGCAACCAACACCAGCACCACAGCGUCGAACAAGACAGCGACGGGCACCGGCGGCCUCAGCUCCGGCAUCGCCGCAUCCUUUAACAUAUCCUCGGCAACUCAGGCGCCCGCCAACCCGACCAAAAUCGGCAAGUACGCAUAUCUAGGUUGCUUUGGCUCGCGCAGCGGCUUCCAGACCUUCAGAAACGCCAAGGAGAGCGAGGACAUGUCGCUCGAGAUGUGCGUCGAGUCGUGUGACGGAAAAACUUUCGCCGGUGUCUUCGAGGGCAUGUGCCUGUGCGCGGAGGCGCUGGACGCGGACACGCGUGCCAUGGGUGUCGAGGAGGGCGCUGUGUGCGAUCACUCGUGCCCGGGCAAUGACGAUGAAUACUGCGGCGGUCUUCGCGACAGACCUGCGGGCAUGGGGAACAACUCGACCAUGAUGCCGGAACAGCAGCGCUUCACAAACGUGACGCGCAUGAACUACGUGCGCGCUCCGGCAGGGCGUGCUCGGCGACGAAAUCUUCCCAGCACGUACCUCCUCUCCGUGUACGGCGACGUGACAGAGCCUGUCCCUCCGGCCGUGCUGGCGCCUCCGCCUCCGCCAAUGGCAUCUCGGGGGACCGGGACGCGCCUGGUUCUGCUCGUCACGGCGACGGCGUACAGGACUGCCUACCCGUUGCAGUCGGCGACUGGGUCGGCGGCGGGUAGGGGAUCCUAUGUAACGGGCGGGGCCUUGACGUCGGAUAAGCCGAUGAAAGGCGUCACGCGCCGCGGCGAAUAA